AUGAAGGGUAUAUCGUCGCUGGUAAACAGAAAAAAUAUCAACAGUGGAUCUGGUAGCUCUGAAGUUGAUAUUUUACCUAAUGACAGAGGUGUAAACUCAAUAAAGAUGGAAGAUCUCAAGAAGACGAAGAGUGAUGUUGAGUUAUACCAUAUGGAGCAUGCCCCGGGAGCUACAAGUCCUGAUGAUGAUGUUGAUAAUGAUAACGUGGUUACCGAAAUAAUGAAUGCCACCCAAGAUGCCCAAGCGGCAGACGAAAGUGAGAGAACAAUGCCCCUCAUGAAAGCCCUCAAGACUUAUCCAAAAGCUGCCGCAUGGUCAAUACUGGUCUCGACAACGCUGAUCAUGGAAGGCUACGAUACAGCCAUUCUUGGAGCAUUUUAUGCUUUGCCAAUUUUUCAGCAUAAGUUUGGCUCUGAAAAUCACCAUACUGGGGAGUGGGAGAUUUCGGUCUCCUGGCAGAUCGGUUUAAGUCUUUGCUAUGUGGCUGGUGAAAUUGUUGGUUUACAGAUAACGGGGUAUUUCGUGGAUUUUAUGGGUAAUCGUUAUACAUUGAUUUUUGCAUUAUUUACUCUGGCCGCUUUCACGUUCAUUUUGUAUUUUUGCAAAAGUUUAGGGAUGAUUGCCGUGGGAGAAGCAUUAUGUGGUAUGCCGUGGGGAUGCUUUCAAAGCUUAACUGUUUCAUAUGCUUCCGAAAUUUGUCCCCUUGCCCUACGGUAUUAUCUUACUACUUAUUCCAACCUUUGCUGGUUGUAUGGUCAGCUUUUCGCAGCGGGUAUAAUGAAAAACUCUCAAAAUAAAUAUGCCAACUCAGAACUUGGUUACAAAUUACCAUUUGCUUUGCAGUGGAUAUGGCCUCUUCCUAUGGCCAUUGGAAUCUUUUUAGCGCCUGAAUCUCCAUGGUGGCUGAUAAAAAAGGGAAAGAUUGACCAGGCGAGGAAAUCCCUUGAAAGAACACUGAGUGGUAAAAGCGUCGAAAAAGAUCAACUGGUUAUGAGAGAGUUAGAAAAGAUAAAGCUCACCAUAGACCAGGAGCAAAAACUGAAAGACAGUGAAGGAAGUUAUAUGGACUGUAUAAAAGACAAGGUUAACCGCAGAAGGACCAGAAUAACUUGUCUAACUUGGGUUGGACAAACAACUUGCGGUGCAGCGCUCAUAGGAUAUUCCACAUAUUUUUACGAAAAAGCUGGCGUUAGUACUGAGACAUCUUUCACGUUCAGUAUUAUUCAGUACUGUCUUGGUAUCGCUGCAACAUUCAUAUCAUGGUGGCUUUCAAAGUAUGUUGGCAGAUUUGACCUUUAUGCGACUGGUUUGGCUUUUCAAGCAGUAAUGUUUUUUAUCAUCGGCGGCCUGGGGUGCUCAGAUACAAAAGGAGCAAAAAUGGGGAGCGGUGCUUUAUUGAUGGUUGUGUCAUUCUUCUACAAUCUGGGAAUUGCGCCCGUGGUGUUUUGUCUAGUGUCAGAACUUCCAUCUUCACGCUUGAGAACCAAAACAAUUAUUUUGGCUCGUAAUUCCUACAACGUGAUACAGAUUGUAACCAUGGUGUUAAUAUUGUACCAGUUGAAUUCGGAGAAAUGGAACUGGGGUGCAAAGUCAGGGUUUUUCUGGGGGCAUUUUGUGUAG